AGAGCUGUCCUGAUGUAUAUAUGCAAGUACGGAGAAGUGAAUCAGCCCUUUGAUACAGUAAUAUAAUAAAAGUGAACUGGCAAGCAGCGGGUCUUAGUUUUCUACUUUCUUGUGGGAAUGAGUUGCCAAUCUUUCACCUCGGCUGAUACCUUUAUAACUCUGAAUUCUGACGCUUCUGCUGCCCUGCCUCUGAGAAUGCACCACAGUGCCGCUGAGUGUCUCCCAGCCUCCAACCACGCCACCAACGUGAUGUCCACAGCGACAGGACUUCAUUACUCUGUGCCUUCCUGUCAUUAUGGAAACCAGCCAUCCACCUAUGGAGUGAUGGCAGGCAGUUUAACCCCUUGUCUUUACAAGUUUCCAGACCACACCCUGAGUCAUGGAUUUCCCCCCCUGCACCAGCCUCUGCUGGCAGAGGACCCCGCGGCCUCUGAGUUUAAGCAGGAACUCAGGCGGAAAAGCAAAUUGGUGGAAGAGCCAAUAGACAUGGACUCCCCAGAAAUCCGAGAACUGGAGCAGUUUGCCAACGAGUUUAAAGUGAGAAGAAUUAAGUUAGGAUACACCCAGACAAACGUGGGCGAAGCGCUGGCUGCUGUCCACGGCUCAGAAUUCAGUCAAACAACCAUCUGUCGAUUUGAAAACUUGCAGCUCAGUUUCAAAAAUGCUUGUAAACUCAAAGCAAUUUUAUCCAAGUGGCUGGAGGAAGCUGAGCAGGUCGGAGCUUUGUACAAUGAGAAGGUGGGAGCAAACGAAAGGAAGAGGAAACGGAGGACAACCAUCAGUGUAGCUGCUAAGGAUGCUCUGGAGAGACACUUCGGGGAGCACAGCAAGCCUUCCUCGCAGGAGAUCAUGCGGAUGGCUGAAGAACUGAAUCUCGAGAAAGAAGUAGUACGAGUGUGGUUCUGCAACCGAAGGCAGAGAGAAAAACGAGUGAAAACAAGUCUCAAUCAGAGCCUGUUCUCUAUUUCCAAGGAACAUCUAGAGUGCAGAUAAGGCUGGCGUGUGAUAGCCAUGUGUGGUAGCUACUCCACUUCUUUCAGUUUUCAAGAAAAAUCAGAAGUUAGUCACUUGGUUAAAAACUAGAUUGAAUCAGUAACUCCUGCAGUUUUUGUCUCACUUCUUUCUUUCUUUCUUUCUUUCUUUCUUUCUUUCUUUCUUUCUUUCUUUCUUUCUUUCUUUCUUUCCUUCCUUCCUUCCUUCCUUCCUUCCUUCCUUCCUUCCUUCCUUUCUUUCUUUCUUUCUUUCUUUCUUUCUUUCUUUCUUUCUUUCCUUUCUGUCUGUCUUUCCUUUCUUUCUUUCUUUCUUUCUUUCUUUCUUUCUUUCUUUCUUUCUUUCUUUUCUUUCCUGUCUUUUCUUUUUUUCUCUUUUCUUUUCUUUUCUUUUCUUUUCUCUUCCUUCCUUCCUUCCUUUCUUUUUCUUUCUUUCUUUCUUUCUUUCUUUCUUUCUUUCCUUCCUUCCUUCCUUCCUUCCUUCCUUUCUUUUUUCUUUCUUUCUUUCUUUCUUUCUUUCUUUCUUUCUUUCUCUCUCUCUCUCUCUCUCUCUCUCUCUCUCUCUUUCUCUCUCUCUCUCUCUCUCUCUCUCUCUUUCUUUCUUUCUUUCUUUCUUUCUUUCUCUCUCUCUCUCUCUCUCUUUCUUUCUUUCUUUCUUUCUUUCUUUCUUUCUUUCUUUCUUUCUUUCUUUUAGAUCUAAUUACUUAAAAUGAGACAUUUUAUCUAGUUGUUCCCAGAAUUCAUAGCGUUCACUUUCAUCCAAAACACUACCAGGAAAGUCCCUCACAACACCCCUUCCAAUUCCGCCUCUGCACCUAACACUCAGUGAGGUAGUGCUAACUGGGAGGGAAGCCAGCACACAUGUGAAUAUAGUAGUUUACAAUUUCCUUUUGUAAGGCAAUUCAUUGUUGUUGCUGUUUUUUAAUUUUUAACCUCCAUCAGUACUAGCCAUGCAAGUGGUGCACAGAUAUACAUGUAGGCAAAACACUCCUACCCAUAAAAUAAAAUGAAACAAAAUAAAUGAAUCUAUAAACAAAAAA